UAAAAUGGAGCAGUAAGUCCAACGAUUAAAGUGACGCAAUUGUGUACAUAAAAUAUAAAAAUAAUUUUUAUUUAUUUAAGAAACAAUUUAUUUAUUUAUGUGAAACAAAAAUAAUCAAUUAAGGAGGUCAAGAUGUCUUGCUGUGCAUGUCAAACUAAAUUUUCUCUUUUUACACGUGAACAUGGAUGCCCCAGUUGUGGAUUUUCUUAUUGCAACAAAUGUCUUAAAUACAAAUACAAGCUGCCUGAUGAUAAAAUAAAAAGCGUUUGCGGUCCAUGCUAUCAUCGAUUAAUUGUAACUGCUAAAAAUUACUACAGUACGUCUGAGGAACAAUCAAUUUACACAAAGAGUUUGCCAAAUCCGUUAUUGCCUGUGGAUAUUGAACAAAAAUUGAAUUCACUAGACAAUCCGGAAAAACCGCCGAUAGUUAUGUACAAACCAGGGCGUUGGGAUCAAUUUAAAGCUGGUCUAGAUCCAGUGGAUCAAGCUCUCGUUGAUAGAUUGUCGAAAUUAAAGGAUCAAGACAAACAACCAUCAGCUCCUACCACCGAGGAAAUACAGAGACGUCUAGCGGAAUUGAAAGAUCAAAAUCCCGACCGCAAACCACCAAUUAAUAUCUAUCAAGUGGACACUCGAACAAAUGAACAGAAAACAGAUGAUUUGAUUCAACAGUAUUUUGAUGAACUCAGUUUAACUAAAGAUAGUUCUACUAAAGAGAUUGAAGAAAGACUCAACAAGUUAAAAAAUAUUGAUCCGUCAUUACCUUCCGCUUCUUCGUCGUACGCAAAUGCUCCCGAGUUGGAUGAAUUUGAUAUCGUUAAAAAUAUGAUCAGCAGAGCGCUAGUUGAAGCUGCUAUGGAGAAACGAUUUGGAGAAGAAAAUCCUGAGGAGCAAAUGGACUUGGAAUUAAAUGAGAGUUCAGGAGAAAUUUCUGACUGUGAACUAACGUGCGUAAUGUGCGACAAAUCAAGUCCAAAUGAACUAGUAAGAUGCCGAGGUUGUAGUGGAGAUAUUUACUGCCUCUCAUGCUACAAUGAAAAUCACGAUGAUUUUGAAUUGUCAAAGCAUAAAAUAAUAAAAUUAAAAUAAAAGUAAAAAACGAACUCCAAUAAAUAAACUCAAAAGCUCAUUUUAUAAAUUUAUAUAUAAAUAUAUAUGUAUAUAUACAUAUAUUUAUAUACUCAUAUUGAUGCUUACUCACUUAUUUAAAUAGUAAUUACUGUUAUUCUAAUCACGUGCUUCGAUAUUACUUUUAUUACCACGAUCUUAAUUGUAAAUUAUUUUUUAAUUUAUUUAUUAACUCACCAGACAGUCAGGGGUUGUAUUUUUAUUGA